UUUUUAAUGAUUAAAAAUUAAUUAAUAAUUUGUUAAAAUGUAAUAUAAAUUAAUUCUUUAUUUCAGAAUAAUGAAGAUCCUACUGAGACGACGCUUCCUCCGGAUAUGGAACUCAUGGAAGUAUCUACCAACAAUAGAAGCUCAUUGAAUAUGUUAGAAAAUAUUACAAAUAAAAUUUGGAGAAUCUUGCCUGUGAUCAAUAUACCUCAAAGUUGGGUCCUUACAUAUUGUAUGAAACAUACUGAGAUUACUGAAGAUGUUGAAAAAGCAACUAUGCAAUGCCAAUAUGAUGGUACUGAUUGGGAUUGCACAUUUAUCGAAUUGGGUGGAGGACGAGAUGAUUAUAAUAUGGGAAAAAUUGUCUCUUUAUUUCAAACUCUUUCGAAUCGCGGAUUAAGAUUAAAAAUGCUUCAUGCAGCCGAAAUUUGUGGUAAAUUAUGGCAAAAGUAUAAACAAUUUCAAGACAAUAGAUUAAUUCAAAUGCGAUUGAAUAUUGAUGUAAGUCGAUUAAUAACUUGAAUAUAAUUUUUUUUAAAAAUAUACAAUUUUCUAAUGUUUCUUUUUAUCAAAGAUAAAAAAUAGAGAAAAAAGAUCAAAAAAAAAUUCGAA